AGCUCCUGCAUCCAAUUUAGCAAUCAAAUGUCCUCAACUUCGAAAUUCAAACGACAGCUGCUAUAUGCGUUGGCUUUAUUUCUUCUCCCGACAGCAGUGGCCGGCGUCAACCGUCGCUCAACUUUCACGGGAUUCGUCCUGGCAUACCUUGUCUAUCUGUUCGACGGAGCGGAGUACGAGCCAUGGAGCAGGUUUUGGCCUGCAUUCUACCAGCUUGUGGGAUGGCUCCAUGCGCGGAACUUGAAGAGCUUUGCCUCCAAUGUGGAGACUGUAUUUGUGGACAAGCGAGCUCUAGUCCGGCACCCGAAAGUCAUUUACUCUUUGCAUCCUCAUGGCGUGAUGUCUAUGUGCCAUCCUCAAGCAUUCUAUAGCAUUCCGCACGACACAUGCAAGUUAGCCGCGUCAAUUUGCUUCAAGGUUCCUCUCAUGAGAGAGACGUACCUCUGGUGUGGCAUGAUCGAUGCGGGUCGCCCUACUUGCAUGACAGCUCUGGAGCAAGGAUACAGUCUCACCAUUGUUGUUGGAGGAACUCGAGAGCAACUAAUUCCUUAUUCUCCCACUCAUGACACAAUUUUAUGCAAGAACAGAAAGGGCUUCAUCAAGCUGGCUCGAGAUGCUGGUCGGAUACCCAUUGUUCCCUGCUACUCUUUCGGGGAGUCCAUCGCCUACGAAACGAGCGAUUUUCUCCUGUCAUUCCGUCGUUGGCUGCAACGCCGAUUCGGGGUUGGCUGGGCUGUAGCGAAAACGUGGAACCCGAGACGACUCAAGGACUUCGUUCUCGUUGUAGGAUCCCCUAUCACAUGGGAAGAGCAAGAUACUGUUGAAACCAUUCACGCCAAAUAUGUUGCUGCGGUGAGAGAUUUGUUUUACGAGCAUCGCGCUAACUAUGCCGAGUAUACCAACCGCGAGCUUCUCAUCGAAUGA